AUGUAUUCCGAGAAAUCCCCAGAGGCCAUUGACCUUUCCCAUCACCUCUCCGAUGUUUCCAGAGCCAGGGUCGUCUCUCCGUUGAAGGGCUUGCAGAAGUAUAUGACCAAGCCAGGGCUCAUAAUGAUGGCUGGAGGCACCCCUAGCCCCGAGUACUUUCCGUUCUCUACAGUCUCUGGGGAAACUUUAAUUCCUGACUCCUUCCCUCUCACGACGCAGUCGUCGUCCUCUUUUUCGUGGUUCUGGAAACUUUUCGGCGCUGGGGCGAGCAAGAAGGAGAAGACGACGUCCUUCACCAUCAACAAAUGGCCCACUCACACCGGAGACCUCAACUUGGCGACCGCGCUACAAUACAGUCCUGCCACCGGCCUUGCUGCACUCCAAAAGAUUUUACACGAGUUCAGUGAGAAGGUCUAUCAACCUGGUUACAAGAAUUUCACGACAUUGAUCGAUGCCGGAAAUACCGACGGAUGGGGCAAGGCUGCAUUGACUCUCCUCAAUCAAGGCGAAGGCGUUCUUUGUUCGCAGUGGACAUAUCCUAGCGCGUUGGCAGGCAUCAGACCAUGGGGUAUCAAGACUGUUCCAAUUGCUAUGGAUGGACAGGGGAUGCGCAGCGACUCUCUUCGCGAGACACUCGCGUCCUGGGAUGACACUGAACGAGGUUUCAAGAGACCUCAUGUGAUGUAUGUCGUCCCCGUGGGACAGAACCCCACUGGUGCUACUAUGGAAGCGCAACGGAAGAAAGAAAUUUAUGACAUAUGUGUCGAAUUCGACGUCAUCAUCGUCGAGGACGACCCAUAUUAUUUCCUCCAGCAGAGUCCCUACGUACCCAAGGACCAGCGUGCAGACGAAGACGCCUUCUCUCGGACUUCAACAGAAGAGAAGUUCAUCGCUCAACUCGCACCGAGUUUUUUGAAAUUCGAUUACCAAGGUCGAGUCAUCCGUCUUGAUACCUUCUCCAAGACCAUUGCGCCAGGAUGCCGUCUUGGUUGGUUCACUUGUAGUCCCCAGUUCGCUGAACGCUUGGAGAGGGCUGGCGAGACUAGUACACAGGCUCCAUGUGGUUUUGCCCAGGUCAUGGUGACUUCGCUUCUUCUCAACUGGCACUAUGAAGGCUACAUCCGUUGGCUGCGAGCACUCCGUCUUCAAUACCAACAGCGACGAGAUGCCUUCAUCGACGCCUUAGCAGAUGCCUUCCAGUUAGACAUGGCCAUUGAGAUGAACGGACACCGCAAGGGGUCCCUUGUUUAUCACGCUUCUUUGAAGCCGGAACGCCAAUUUAGUGAGAAAUCGAGCAUGAGGUACUCGAAGCCUCUAUUUUCGUUUGUGCCCCCUUCAUCAGGGAUGUUCGUCUGGUUGAAACUUCACCUCGAGGACCACCCGUCAUAUACGGCGGUUGGCUACAAGCCGUUGGAGUUGAAGCUCUGGUCCGCGUUGGCAGAUCAUGGCGUCGUGUUCGGUUUCGGCCAAGGAUCCAUGUUCUCUGCGUCUGAGGUCACCGACGAGACGAAAGGAGAUGGUCAUUUCCGUAUUAGCUUUAGCAUGACUGAUCAUGACGCCAUGAAGAAGGCCGCAUCGACGUUUGCCCUCGUCUUCAGGGAAUUUAUGAAAGAUCAGUAG